AUGGAUUCUGAAACUGUACCACGAGCACAGUAUCGACAACUUGGUCAAAGUGGUCUAAAGGUAUCUCUCCCGAUCCUGGGUGGAAUGGGUAUGGGAGACAAAAGCAACGGUGUCUCCGAAGAGAUUUUCGGCAAAGCGAUUCGCGAGUACAAUAUCCCACGACACAAACUGAUCAUCUUGACAAAAUGCUACAAUCCCGCACGCGAAAGCAAUACUCCCGAGCUACUAGCGCUGAACAAGAAGGAAUUAGAAGUUCAUCCUGAUUAUGUCAAUCAAUUUGGAUUAUCUCGGCAAGGAAUUUUCAAUUCCGUUAAUGCAUCCCUCCGACGACUGCAGUUAGACUAUAUCGACUUGCUUCAGAUCCAUCGUUACGAUCCCGAGACUCCCAUUGAGGAGACCAUGAAAGCACUGCAUGAUCUGGUCCAGAUGGGCAAAGUCCGGUACAUCGGCGCGAGCUCCAUGUGGGCCUACCAGUUUGCUAUGAUGCAAUUCUGUGCCGAAAAACACGGCUGGACCAAAUUUAUUUCCAUGCAGAACAAUUACAGCCUUCUCUAUCGCGAGGAAGAGCGCGAGAUGAACAAGUUCUGUGAUGAAACUGGCGUGGGGCUGAUUCCCUGGGGACCGCUGAAUACGGGUCGAUUGGCGCGUCCAUCCAGAGAUCAGACAACAGCUCGGGCAAAGAAUCAGAAAGUGACGACGCAUGAUGCUGCUAUCAUUGACCGAGUGGAGGAGAUAGCGGGAAAGAAAGAUUGCAAAAUGAGUCAGGUUGCUCUUGCAUGGAUAAAUGAGAGGGUUGCAAGCCCCAUCAGUAGCUUCAGCAGCGUAGCAAGGAUGGAUGAAGCUCUUGCUGCCAAUCAGAUUGUGCUAACAGAAGAUGAGGAGAAGUAUCUUGAGGAGUUGUAUGAGCCACGGCCUAUCAAAGGCCAUUCGAAUUGGAAGGGCAGGCUGGCAUACAGGAAGUAGAGAGAGCCUUCUGAAGAAUGAGAGAAAGGAAAGUUGGCGACGAGUAGGUUGAGGCCUCAAGGGAAUGAAAGGUAGAG